UCAACAUGGCUCCAUCCACAGACUGGGAUGAAAUCAAGAGGCUGGCAGCUGACUUUCAAAAAGCUCAACUUAGUUCUACUGCACAGAGAUUGUCUGAAAGGAACUGCAUUGAGAUUGUUACGAAAUUGAUAGAGCUGAAACUUAUAGAUGUAAUCUUUACUACAGAUGGAAAAGAAUACCUUACUUCUCAGCAGCUGAUUAGAGAGAUCAAAGAUGAAUUAUAUGUUCAUGGUGGACGCAUUAAUACUGUGGAUCUCGCCAAAGAGCUGAAUGUCGAUUUAAACCAGAUCAAUACAAGUGUUGCAGAAAUUGUCAAAGGAAAAGAAGUGCAAUUAGUUUCUGGUUACUUGAUUGCCCAUUAUUAUCUGGAAAAAUUAGCCAGAGAAAUAAAUGAAAAAUUACAGUUACAAGGUCAGAUAAAUGUUGGAGAAUUGACGUUACAGUUUGAUUUGCCUGCUGAAUUGUUACAACACAAUGUUUUGGAGCGGUAUCUGGGUAAAAUUAUCAUUGGCAGACAAGACACCUCAGAGCCCAGGACGUUUUACACUGAAGAGUACAUUCUUCGUACUAAAGCUAAAAUUCGUGGAGCUUUGAUGGGAUUAUUAAAACCCACUCCUGUUACAGUAAUAAUCAACCAUUGCAACAUGGCUGAUCGCCUUUUUAUGUCAUUAUUUGACCAGCUCAAUGCUCCUGGAGUUCUAACUGGGCGUCAAGCAGGAGCUCUGUAUGUGCCAUCUUGUUACACCAAAUCUCAAAAUGACUGGGUUAUGAGCUUCUUCAAACAGAACAAUUACCUUGAGUAUGAUGCUUUAUCUCGUUUAGGCAUCUCUGACCCUAAAGGCUAUGUCAAGAGAGCCUUACCAAAUGAAAAUCUGACAUUCCUGAGCAGUUGUGUAAUUGGUUCUCAGAUUAAACAGCAACUGGAGACAGCUCUUGAGGAAUGCAUAUCUUCUAAAAGUUAUUUGGAUAUUGUUUCUUUGUUGCCAUCAAUCUUGUCUGACAAAGACAUUGAGAGUGUGCUAGAUGCACUUUUAAAGGAAAAUUGGAAAUCAACUGUUUUAUUUGACAACGCUGUUUUCAGCACUAAUUACAUUGAAAAUCUAAAACAAGCUUGUAUGCCCAUGACAAAUGAAAAGGCAGUGGCAGUGGUGAAAUCAGGAAGAUAUCAACAAUUUAUAUUGGAAAAACAAUUAUCUAAAGCAUCAGAUAUUCAGACAAGCCAUGUAGACCAUAAAGCGGAAAGGCGAGAGGAACGACGUAGAAAGGCGGCAUCUGGUAAAGGUGGUGGUGGCACCCAAGGUAGAGAAACAAAAACGAAAGCAGUCAAGAAACAUCCAAGGUCAAAACAGACAGUAGCUCAAGAUUCCGAUUCAGAUGAUGCAUCUAAUGUUGUUAAAAAAGUCCCACUGAACUUGGAAAUUGUAACUGUUCAAGAUGUUGAAAACAUUAUCCAAAUGCCAUUGGAGUUUGAGGGUCUUGAUGAUUUAAUCCCACAGAUUGCGGAAUAUCUGCAAGGAUUUCUUAAUCAAACUGCUAUGAAUAUCGCUAGGGAGACAGCUGAAAAAUUGCUUCAAGAUGCUAAUCAGACUCGUAGGCAAACUCACUCGUCAGCUCAAGAUAAAAUUAACAUUUUGGUCAAUGAUAUUAAAUUGUAUGAAAAGGGUUUGAAAGCCUUUGCAGCUGAGCAGCAAUCACAGUUUAUCAAAUACCUUCUUAAAUCUUUGGGUGGAGAUGUCCUUUCGGAAUUCUGUAAAUAUGCAGCCAACCAGUGCAACCUUUCUGUGCAAGUGGAUGUUUUAUCGGUGGAACAGAGGAACAAGAUAAUCAAUGACUUAACUGAAGAGUACAUGAAGCCUUUGAAAGCAUUGAACGCGACUUUAGCCGAUCAAAAUCUAGACGCGUUUUAUCAAGCUGUUGAUGUAUGUUUGGGUGAAUGUGGAAUGAUCUUGAAGAAAGUGGACAAAAAGAAAGACAAGAUUUUGGUUCAAAACCACAGGGAAAAAUUAAUAACUGAAUUAGAGAAUUGUGAAGAUCCCGUCUUGGCUCUACAUUUAUCGGUCUUGGCAAUUUUUGCCAUACUUACUCAGAACAUGUUGCAUGCUUCAGGACGACAAGUACCGUUGAUCAUAUCAUAUUUAAAAGCACAGCUCAAAGAUGAAGAUUACAAGUUGUUACAGGCUUAUCAUGAAUUAGUUACGAAGUUCUUAACGGCAUCUGAUGAAGAUAAACCAGCUAUUGCAGACCUAUUAAGUAAUGAAAUAUCUUUAAUGAGGAAUGUUGUUCAAGAGGUGAAAAAAUACAAAUAAUCUUUUCACAAAAAAUAGGCAAAAGUGGAGAGGUACACCUAAUUUUGGCAAAUUUAUUUUUUAAACUAAUUUUAACAAUUCAAUUUUUAAAAAUUUGACAGGCGUUUUUAUGCCUGAUUAAUUAUUAUCUAAUUCAUUCUUUAAAAUAAACUAAAUAACCAUCAACUUCUGCGCGAGUCAUAUUUUUGAAUUAACAGACUGCACUCUAAUAAAAGGGUCUUUAAUAGACCAUAGAUUUAUUUUUAAUUGACUUUCUAGUGAAAAACUGUUUCAAGUUGAGUGACCAUCUAAAAUUCAGCCGCGGAUUUUAAAACACUUAAUAAUAUCUUCCAGAGUGGAGUGAUUGUGAAUACAGCAAUCCCUGAUAGGUAGACAUGGCAAGCGCAAAAAUCAUACAUUUCGGUAGGCUAAUGAAAAUGCAUAUUGCCUGUUGUAUGGGGUAAAGUAGAUACCGAUAAUUCAUAAUUUUGACAAAACGUAGAUUUAAUUACAACUUUACUAAUGUUUGUUAUUACACAAGUUGUUAUUUUUAUGUUCUUUGAUAAUAAAGUAAAAAUUAAUUUUUAUACCCAACAUAUAGUUUGUUUUUUCAUUAUUAACCCUGAAAUGCAUGAAUUUGUUGUAAAAUAAAAAAUUGUUUCAGAUUGCAUUUAGUACAGAGAAUA